ACAUCAAGAUGUCUCCACGUGCAGUGAUCAGCUUGCUGGUGGUUUGCCUCUGUCUGGCCUCCACAGAAGGAAGAGCAUUCAAAAAUGAGAAAGCACGGUUCAAGCGACAAGCUGGAAGUAGAUGUGUUGGGGGCGUGAGGGAAGAUCUCAUUGGAGAGAUAGAGUUUGGCUCUGGUCAAUACCAAAACAACGAAGACUGCUGCUUCGAGCUCCGUCCUUACUUUGGCGGUUCUUUCACGGUCGAUCUGGAGUUUAGUGUCUUUGACAUUGAGCAAGGUCCUCGCUGCAGUUAUGACUAUGUUACCUAUGGAACAAGUGACGGUAUUACGGAGAUCGACUGUGGCACGAAGGAUUUCGGAUACAUUAGAUCGUUCAACAGUACGGACAGUUUCUAGUUGUGUUUCCAUAGUGACGCCUCUAUUGUUGGUCGUGGCAUCAAUGUCUUAUAUAUCACUCUCCCAGUAUCCGAAGAAAAUAGUUCUCUGCCAGCCUUAAACUACAGCACCACUCCAUCCUUGAACGUGACAGCCUCGCCUUCCCUGAACUACAGCACCGCUCCGUCCUUGAACGUGACAGCCUCGCCUUCCCUGAAUGCAACAUCUUCUCCCGAAACCACCGGAAAUGAAUCUCGGGGUGUUCCCAGGAGCCAUCGCAACUGCACCUUCUCUACCCUUGCUGACCAAGGCAUGAUCCAGAGCCUGCCUGGUACAGGGGAGGACUACCAGAACAACCUCAACUGCAGCUACGUCUUCAAUGUCCCCAGGAACAGCAGUAUUCACUUCAACUU